AUGAAGAUUGACGGUAAAAGUUACUUCUCAUCAAAGAAAAAUGAAAAGAAAAAUGAGAAGAUCUGCUUAGUGAAGAAAGUCAAGUCGGUAACAAAUCAAGAGAUCUCAAAGAAGCAAUUCCAAUUGUCGAAUAAUCUAUCAAUUAUCGAAUCGGCAAAGAACGAAUUUAACGAAAUUAACGUUUCAAAUUAUCAUUUGAAAAAAAAUACGCCGGUUAGAAAAAGAUCAUCAUUAGCGAGACCGGUGAAAGUUUACGAUUCGUUCCAACCACAAAAAUGGAUGAUGAUGAUGGGUAAUGAUACAAGUCCCCAAGAUAUCGAUCAUCAGAAAAUCGAAGGGCAGAAAUUUCUAAAUGACGACAAUGAUGAUGACGAUGAUGAUGAUGACGACGACCAUGCUGAUGAUAACAACAAUAACAAUUGUAACGAUAUUGUUAAUGAUAAUCUGGAGCCUAAUUCAAAUCGUGCCUUCAUCGACGCUCAAGAUGAAGAUGCUAAUUGGCCUAUCAGAUUGAGACUCGAGGAGCUGCUUGAGCAAAGUAAAAAGAAAAAGCGCAAGGGAAUUGUCACAAUACGAAAGAGUAAAAUAAUCAAGGCGGACCCUGGUAAGAAUAGCUUCAAGGAUACCGAGAGGCUGCUCAAGGUACUUAGCAAUCACGUGGACCAAGAUAGUAGGUACAAUGUCAAAAGAUGCUGCGUCAUGUAG